UUCUCCCUUCACGAUAUGGUGGUGGAGCCCAGUCUGACGUUCAGCUCCAAGCCCACACCCACUCAAUGCACCAGAUUUAACUUCCGGACAUUCCGCUGGAUGCAGACCAUGAUCUUUGCUAUUGAGGAGAUCAACAAGGAGGGCAAACUGCUUCCCAAUGUCACUCUGGGAUAUAAGAUCUAUGACUCGUGCAGUACCGCCCACCAGGCUCUCAAGGCCGCCAUGGAGCUGAUGGGCAGCGAGAACGCUUCCAUGGCCGAAGGGGGGCUGCAGGGUCAUAGCAUCUGCAGGGGGGCUGUACCUGCCGUGAUAGGGGAUGGAGGCUCCACUCAGUCUCUGGUCGUGGCCCGCUUCUUAGGCGUCCUCCACGUGCCGCAGGUGAGUUACUUUUCUAGCUGUGCUUGUCUGAGUGACAAAAAGGAGUUUCCUGCUUUCCUAAGGACCAUGCCCAGUGACUUCUUCCAGGUGGAUGCACUUGUACAACUGGUCAAACAUUUUGGCUGGACGUGGGUGGGUGUGAUUGCAGGGGAUGAUGCAUAUGGCCGUGGAGGUGCAAACAUCUUUGCUGAUGAGGUUAGAAAAUUAGGCGCAUGUGUGGCCCUCCAUGAAAUCAUUCCCAAGCACCGAACUCAGAAGGCAAUUUCAUCCAUCAUUUCCCAAAUCCGCUCCCUGGGGGCACGUGUGGUCCUGGUGUUUGCCUUGGAACAGGACGCAGCGGCGCUCUUCGAUGAAGCUCUCAGGGAGGGUCUCAACGGGAUACAGUGGCUGGCCAGUGAGGCUUGGAGCACAGCGGCUGUUCUGUCCACUCCCGAAAAGUACCAGGCCAUCCUGCAGGGCUCCAUGGGCUUCGCCAUCCGUCGAGUGGACAUCCCUGGACUGCGUGACUUCCUGCUCCGCCUGCAUCCAUCUAACCCCGAUGCUAGUGAAGACCCUUUUCUGAUUCCAUUUUGGGAAGAAGUUUUCCAAUGCAGCCUGGGUGAGGGAAGUGACAACCCACCAUGCACUGGAGCAGAAGAUCUGGGGAAUGUGGCAAACAUCUACUCAGACGUGUCCCAGCUGAGGAUAUCCUACAAUGUGUAUAAAGCAGUGUAUGCUAUAGUGUAUGCACUGAGGAGCAUGGGAGACUGUGAGGAUGGGGAAGGCCCUUUUGCUCUUCAGGCGUGUCCAGAUGCACAUAGCAUACAGCCGUGGCAGCUGCUUCACUACAUAAAACAGGUGGAGUACUUCAAUUCCUUUGGAGAUGAUAUCACAUUUGACGGGAACGGUGACCCGGCGGCCAUGUACGACCUGGUCAACUGGCAGCUGAGACCAAGCGGAGGGCUCCAGUUCGUCACCAUCGGAAAGUUUGACGAGACGGUCGCAAACAGACAGCGGACGCUCCGAAUCCAAAGCGAGGAUAUCGUGUGGAACGGCAACCAGACGCAAGUUCCGCUCUCAGUAUGUAGCAACAUUUGUCCUCCGGGCACCCGCAAGGCGAUCCGACCUAACUUCCCUAUCUGCUGCCAUGAUUGCAUGGUGUGUGCAGCAGGGGAGAUUAGCAAUCAGACUGACGCCAUAGAGUGUGUGCGCUGCCUUCCCGAGUUCUGGUCCAACAGCGAGAGGACUGCCUGCAUCCCUAAACAGCUGGAGUUCCUCUCAUUCAGCGACACCAUGGGCAUAACGCUGAUGGUGAUAGCUCUCAUUGGCUCCUUCUGCACCUGCGUUGUGGUCUUAGUCUUCUCCUACCAUAGGACCACCCCCGUGGUCAGGGCCAACAAUUCGGGGCUGAGCUUCCUGCUGCUCUUCUCUUUAACCUUGUGCUUCCUGUGCUCGCUCACCUUCAUCGGGCGGCCCUCCCGGUGGUUGUGCAUGCUGCGCCGCACGGCCUUCGGCAUCACUUUUGUGCUCUGUAUCUCAUGUAUCCUGGGGAAGACGAUAGUGGUGCUGAUGGCUUUCAAGGCCUCACUUCCCGGCAGUCAAGUCAUGAGGUGGUUUGGGCCUGCACAGCAAAAAGCCAUCAUUUGUAUUUGCACUCUGGUUCAGGUGCUCAUCUGCACCGUGUGGCUCACCGUGGCCCCCCCAACCCCUCUCCAGCUGAUUCCCCGUGAGAGCGCCAUUGUCAUUCUUCUGUGCGACGAGGGAUCGCCGGUGGCCUUCGGUUUGGUCCUGGGUUACAUCGGCCUGCUGGCUUGCCUCUGCCUCCUGCUGGCCUUCCUGGCCCGGAAGCUUCCAGACAAUUUUAAUGAGGCACGUCUCAUCACCUUCAGCAUGCUCAUUUUCUGCGCCGUGUGGGUGGCCUUCGUUCCCGCGUACAUCAGCUCCCCAGGAAAGUACUCCGCAGUCACUGAGGUGUUUGCCAUGCUCGCCUCCAGCUAUGGCCUGCUGGGCUGCAUCUUUGCACCAAAGUGCUACUUAAUUCUCUUUCGGCCCGAGAAGAACACCAGGAAACACAUCAUGCCCAGAAUGGACAGGUUUUAG